CAUGAUGGUUAAAUAGCCCAGCCGGGGAACCCGCCAUUUUCUGCUGGGGCUGGCGGGAAAGGCGGGAAGGGAGCGAGAGCAGCGCGAGCGCCGGCGCGGGACUCCCAACGGCUCCAACGGUCGCUGCUGCGAGGGGCGCGAGCCACACACACAGCUCAUUGGUCGGGCGAUGCGAGAGCACGGUGGCCGCGCUGAUUGGCUGGAAGCCCCUGAGGCAGCCCCGAGGUCGAUUGGUCAUGAGCCGCGUCAAUCACCGAGGAGGCUUCGCGGCUCUACCCCCUUUCUUGUCAGGUUACAUACCGGUUGGCUGGCGACGCUGGCCAAUCGGGAGAAAGCCUCGGUUAGCCUGGGGAAGGUCACCUGACACUAGUUAGCUAAUCAAACCCAGACUUGGCGCAAAGGCUUCUGGAACGUGUAGUCUUUCUUUAAAAAUAACACUUUAUGUGGGUAGAGGGGGCCAACUGGGGCGGGGACUGGGAGCUGGGACUCCUGGGUUCUCUUUAAAGCAGACUCUGGUGGCUCUGCAGGGGCUGCGUAUUGGCCAUGGAGGUGGGAUGCCAUGGCACAAUUUGGUGUGGGGUUGCUGUUCUUGCCACGAUCGCCAUGGCGCCUGGUUGCCACGAUGACAGUGACUUCGGCCUGGUGCCCAAUGUGAUGGUGCUCAUGUGGAACCAGCGCCUCGGCGGGGUCUCACGUGGCAUGGAGCCGGCUCUGAGGCCAGAUCUCUCUCGCUCAUUUUGGGCCCAGAGCAGCCUCCGCUCCAUGAAGGGUUGAAGGCCCCUUGCUUUUUGCAACCUUUCCCCCCAGCUUCCAGCCAGGGUGACCCUCCCCACUCUCCUCCCCACAACAAUCCCUUUUCCAGACUCUCACUCACGCUGUUCCUAGCUGGCUCCCUCCACUGCCUUCACUUCCCCAACCCCACAUCUCCCUGCCCUGUUUCUGAGCGAUCGGGGCAGCAGGUUCCUUCCUCCCCCCCCCCAGCUGGCGCCAGUGAUCAGUGGGGAACCUCAGGGGGGAAAUCGGUGACUUUUUCUCACUGUUGGGAAAUAUCACAUGUGGGUCUGUGCAAAAACUGGCAACUGCAGAGGGCGGAGAGGAAAAGAACCCAGGAGUCCUGACUGUAAAUCACUCCUGCUUUAAUCCACUAGACCAUAGUCCUUUGCCAGACCUGGGACUAGAACCCAGGAGGAGUCCUGGCUCCCAGACCUACUUCCUAAUGUAAUUACUGGAUCCUGCUGCCUUCCCAAGCUGAGACUAGAACCCUGGAGUCCUAGCUCCUAGUCCUAAGCACUAGACCCCAUCCUCCUCCAGAGCUGGGAAGACAACAGUUCUCCUCCUCUUCCAUGCUGGGCAAAUCAGGUUACUGACUGAAAUGAUCAUUUUAUAUUACAGCAGAAACAAAACACAGGUUCAUCUGUGACACUCUAGUCGGGCACUGUUAUAAAUGAAGUAAUUCUGAGUGAGCAGUUGUGGAACUAACAAAAGCUUUUCAGGGAUUUUCUAGUACACUUUUUUUUUUUUUUUUUUCUCCCAUAUAGUGCCGGAAAUGUUCCUAAACAUUUAUAUGACGACCUCUAGGGUUUCCAUAGUAUCUGAGCGUCUCACAGUCAUCAAGAGAUUCCUCCUCCCAACACCCGGGAAGGCAGGGCAGUGUGACUAGCUCCAUUUUACCAGUAGGGAACCACAUUGGCUUAGUGACUUGUAGGUCACACAGGGAGUGAUGGGACGCGACCCCAGGUCAAACUGUUCUUGAAAAGGUUAAACUGAUUUCUUCCCCCUUUUUCCCUGCAGAUUUCUUCCGCACUAAAGACCGUCCAGAAUGGCCCGUACCAAGCAGACUGCUCGUAAAUCCACUGGUGGGAAAGCCCCCCGGAAACAACUGGCCACUAAAGCAGCCAGGAAAAGUGCGCCUUCCACUGGGGGAGUGAAGAAACCUCAUCGUUACAGGCCUGGCACUGUGGCCCUUCGAGAGAUCCGGCGGUACCAGAAAUCCACCGAGCUGCUGAUUCGCAAGCUCCCUUUCCAGCGUCUCGUCCGUGAAAUCGCUCAGGACUUCAAGACGGAUCUGCGGUUCCAGAGCGCGGCCAUUGGAGCCCUGCAGGAAGCCAGUGAGGCUUAUCUCGUGGGUCUCUUUGAAGACACCAACUUGUGUGCAAUCCACGCCAAAAGAGUCACCAUCAUGCCAAAAGACAUCCAGCUGGCGCGUCGUAUCCGCGGCGAGCGGGCUUAACUCACUGGCGGCUGAUAUCUGCUCUCACAGUGUAUUAGAGUAGACUCUAGGUUUGUUUUUUUUUUCCUACUCCUGUUUGUAGUGGCUAGGACACGGGGAGAUGUUAUAAACCUAUCUUAGCAAGAUGUAAGCGAUCAGGAGAGUUGAAUCCGUUUGUUCAUAAUGUACAAGCAAAAAAAAAUUUGAGAAAUUUACAAGACUUGGAUUUUUUUGUUUUGUUUUUGUAAACUUUUUUUUCAGAAUUGCAAAAAAAAAUAUAUAAAACAAGGGGGAAACAUUUUUGAAAUGUCUGGUUUUAUACACAAAACUUAAGUAGAUUUAGGCAUAACAUAAGGAGCUUUUGGUCUUCGGUUUGUAAAAAUAUAUCUGCAAAAGAUCACGCUACACUAUAUUUUUCAUUAUUUGAUUUCUUUUUUUCCUUUAUAUCUAGAAUGGGCAUGAUAUUUAAACUUGUUUUCUUAUUUCCAUCUGUCUCGUGAAAUGUGACUUGGACCUUUGUAACUUUCAGGUUUCUUCACCCUGUGGUGGGAACAAAAAAAAAAAAAAGAAAUAAAUGCUGAACAAUAA